AUGCGUUUCUCACUUCAAUCCUUGGCCAUCUGCUUGGUCUCGACUCAGGCCCGUUUCGCCCUGGCGUCACCGUGCAAGCCCUUGACCACUACCACUCUCGCUGCUACCACCACGACUACCGCUGUCGAGGAGGCUUCCACGACCACUGCGAUCACUGACGACUCUACUACUACGGUUGCUGGAGAGACUACCAUCGUCACACUUAGUGAAGCUACCACCACUACUGCGCUCUCUGAUCUGUCCACUACUCUCACCACUCUCACGCUCAGCGAAGAGUCCACUACCGCUACUCUUGCUGAAGACACAACUACAACUGCUCUCACUGAGGAGCCAACUACCACUACCUUUGAUGCGACUACCACUACCGCUGCUGAGGCCACCACUACCACGGAGGCCCCCGAGGGGACUCAGAUGUCGGCUGUCUUUGCCGAUGGCACCGAGAAGGAUACAUAUCUUGAUCAAUAUGGCGGUACCUACAGCACUCCUCAGGCAGGUGGCUCAACCUCCAAGGCCCGCUUCGAACUUGAGCCCGAGACCAACAGACUCUUCACUCAUCUCAUCGAUGGCACCAAAGUCUACCUCUACACUGUCAUUCCCGAUGGUCCCAACUAUGCCUUCCAGUUUGACACCGCAGCAAAUAUCGACAGUAUCACUGUUUACCACUACGUUACGUGCACAGCCGAUCCCGAUAACGUCCUCAGCUGUGCUUCUGAAAGCGGCCCAACUCCUAUUGUUUGGUACUGGGUGGAGAGUGCUGAGAGGUACUACGGAAACAGCAGCCCAACCUUUAAUUCGUAUCCACUUGUGAACUUCAAACUCGGUUAA